CAGACAAUUUUUGAAAUGGUUUUGUUUUAGAGGUUUUCAACGUUUGAGUGAAUCGUUGGAUCAAUUGAUAGAUUGAUUGCUUGGUUGGUGUGAGACAUGGAUCGCAUACAUCGGCCCGACUCGAGGCCAUGGAUUUUGGCCGGAAGUGUUCGGAUCGAGCAAUUGGUGGACACGUGGGCUAACACUCAAGUGAUGCACGAAUUGAACGCCAAUGAGACUAAUGUGAAGACAUUGUUGUCUCAGGAGUUGCAGAUCGACGACAAGAUGAUGGCUCUGUUGGCGAAGGACUGCCAGCCGUCUAAUCUCGACUGCGAGGGCGAUGACGAAGAACUCUAUGUCGCCUACGAGAAGACAUUUGAGAUCCCAUCAAAUGUCACGUUAGAGACGUUGCGGCUCCAGAAGCAGCACAUCGAGAGGUACGCCACCGACCGAUGCUAUCGGACCGCAUGUCUUCAGUCAUUGCGAUACCGGAAUCAACUGAUAAGAGUCGACAACAAUACUCAAUCACAAAUGGACUCAAUCCCACCAAUUGAGAGACCCGUCGCUAUACUUACCGUCCAAUUGUAUCGACCGAUCCGUUUCACUACACACUUCGGUAGUACUCAUCGCUAUGCGUUUGUUUGCGAUCAAGAACUGGAAGUGUUGUCCACUCAAUGGUUGACUGAAUUACGUGACACAUUCACGUGUGUAUCCGAUAUCUCUAACGCGAGUGAUUGUAGUCGUAAUCCGAGGGCCGCUCUCAACCAAACGGCAGCCGAUGUCUACAAAUCUGGUCUUUUCUUUAUUAACAACACAUUCUAUAGCGAUAUGAGAAACCAAUUCAAUAGGGAUUAUAGCGAACCAAUCAUCGAGUGGUCGCGCAAUAAGGAGCGAGGGAUCGGCCCUUUCAAGGCCUGUCUGAUGGAGAGCACAAAAUUCAGUGAUUUAGAGAUACAAUUGGGUUAUCCCUAUCUAUACCAACAUCAGGGAGACUGCGAACACAUUCUCGUGUUUAGUGAUAUUCGUCUCCUGAAGCCGGGCGUCGAUAGUAUGGAAUCGAUUGAUUACCCGAAGAUUGUGAGUACUAACCGUCGAUCGCAGGUGCGGUGCGGUAUGUGUAACCUAAACACUGCCAAAUGGAUGACUUUCCAUAACCAGCGGUUACCGCAGAAUCCAUUCUUCUUCUGCGAGACCUGUUUCUAUGCAUUCAAUUACGAUAAGCACGAGAAUAAAAUCGGUUCAUUCAAAGCGUUCCCAUAUCUCGACAAAUCAGCCCUUUUGUGAAUACAAAACGCGUUGCACUUAAUAUUAAUGUCCUCUCCUUUUAUCUUAUAUUCCUUUGCCGUGAUUUGCAAUUUGUAUCAAAACUCAUAAUUCAUUUAAUGGAUUUAUAAAUAAAUCGGUAAUUAAUUUUUUGUUAUAAAUAA